GCGCAGUGCUCCUGACCGCAGGUUAGCGACGCGUGGAGACUGAACGCGGCGUGCGAAUCUCAGUUGCGCAAGGCUCCGGUGGCUGCGGGGGUGCUCGGGCUCGCGGGGCCAUGUCGUGGCUCUUCGGCAUCAACAAGGGCCCCAAGGGUGAGGGCGCGGGUUCGGCGCUGCCUCUGCCGCCCACGCAGCCCGGGCCCGAGGGUGGCGGGGACCGCGGUGCAGGGGACCGCCCGGGACCCAAGGACAAAUGGAGCAACUUCGACCCGACGGGCCUGGAGCGCGCGGCCAAGGCGGCGCGCGAGCUGGAGCACUCGCGCCAUGCCAAGGAGGCGCUGAGUCUGGCGCAGAUGCAGGAGCAGACGCUGCAGCUGGAGCAGCAGUCCAAGCUGAAGGAGUAUGAAGCCGCUGUGGAGCAGCUGAAGAAUGAGCAGAUCCGUGUGCAAGCUGAGGAGAGGAGGAAGACACUGAGCGAGGAGACACGGCAGCACCAGGCUAGGGCCCAAUACCAGGACAAGUUGGCCCGGCAGCGCUAUGAGGACCAGCUGAGGCAGCAGCAACUUCUCAACGAGGAGAACUUGAGGAAGCAGGAGGAAUCUGUGCAGAAGCAGGAGGCAAUCCGACGAGCCACGGUGGAGCGGGAGAUGGAGCUGCGGCACAAGAAUGAGAUGCUGCGGGUGGAGGCUGAGGCUCGUGCCCGGGCCAAGGCUGAUCGGGAGAAUGCGGACCUCAUCCGUGAGCAAAUCCGCCUGAAGGCAGCCGAGCACCGCCAGACCAUUCUGGAAUCCAUCAGGACAGCAGGCACACUGUUUGGUGAGGGAUUUCGUGCCUUUGUGACUGAUUGGGACAAAGUGACAGCCACGGUGGCUGGGUUGACAUUGUUGGCUCUUGGGGUCUACUCUGCCAAGAAUGCUACGGCUGUGGCUGGCCGGUACAUUGAGGCCCGGUUAGGAAAGCCAUCCUUGGUGAGGGAGACCUCCCGCAUCACCGUGCUGGAGGCGCUGAAACACCCCGUGCAGGUCAGCAGGCGGCUUCUCAGCAAGCCCCAGGAUGCAUUGGAAGGCGUUGUCCUCAGCCCCAAGCUGGAGGAACGGGUGAGAGACAUUGCAAUAGCGACAAGGAACACAAAGAAGAAUGGGAGUCUGUACCGGAACAUUCUGAUGUAUGGGCCCCCGGGUACUGGGAAGACACUGUUUGCCAAGAAACUGGCCCUGCACUCGGGCAUGGACUACGCCAUCAUGACGGGGGGCGAUGUGGCACCCCUGGGCCGGGAGGGCGUGACCGCCAUGCACAAGGUCUUCGACUGGGCCAACACCAGCCGGCGAGGCCUCCUGCUCUUUGUGGACGAGGCAGAUGCCUUUCUCAGGAAGCGGGCAACUGAGAAGAUCAGCGAGGACCUGAGGGCCACCCUGAACGCGUUCCUGCACAGGACUGGUCAGCACAGCAGCAAGUUCAUGCUGGUCCUGGCUAGCAAUCAGCCCGAGCAGUUUGACUGGGCCAUCAAUGACCGCAUCGACGAGAUGGUUAACUUUACCCUGCCGCGGCGUGAGGAGCGGGAGCGCCUGGUGAGGCUGUACUUCGACAAGCACAUCCUCAAGCCGGCCACGGAGGGGAAGCAGCGCCUGAAGCUGGCCCAGUUUGACUACAGCAAGAAGUGCUCAGAGAUCGCCCAGCUGACGGAAGGCAUGUCGGGCCGGGAGAUUGCCCAGCUGGCUGUGGCCUGGCAGGCCAUGGCGUAUGCGUCGGAGGACGGGGUCCUCACCGAGGCCAUGGUGGACGCGCGCGUCAAGGACGCCAUCCAGCAGCACCAGCAGAAGAUGCAGUGGCUGCGGACAGACAGCUCCGCGGACGGCGCGCCCCGGCUCCCCUGAAACCCGUGCGGGCGGCUGGCGGGUGGACAUUAUCACGCUGAUGUAGUACGGAAAGAGCACUGAGCUCACGGCCCUCCAGACAUUUUUAACCUUCCUUCGUCAGACCCGGGCCCCAUUAAAGGACUCUGGGUGCAGGAUCAGUCACUGGUGUGGCGUCUCUGUGGGAUCCCCAGAACAGAGUGCCAGGCCUGGGCCAGGUUCUCCUUCUUGCCUGGGGUGCUUGUCCAGGCAGGCUUCCCAUUGUCUUGGGAGGUGUGAGUCUCCAAGCCAGGACCCUCUGUCCCACCCACAACAGCCUUGUGGGGCGGGGGCGUGCUGUUAGGCCACCAAGGCUGCACCCUGCAGAGAGUCUGGCGGGCUGGCUGUCUGUGGCGGGGCUCCCUAAGGAUCGGCCUGCUUGGUGUCCCAUAGGACCAGACCAGGGGCCCCGUUUGGGCCUUGGUCCAACGGCCUAGCCCCUGCAGCAGUGACAGUGGCUCCUGGUGCUACGAGCCAUGUGGUAACCGCGGGCUCAUUUGGUGCUGGUGCUGCCCCAGCAGGCUUGGAGUGGCCAUGGCCUGGAAGCUGUCAGCCACCAGGUGGGGCAGCGGAGCCCAUCCUCCCACAAUGGGAGCUGUGGUCUCUCCCUCCAGAAUCUAAUAAAAACUCUGAAUCAAGGCCUCAGCUUCUGCAUCAAUAGCUAACACAAGGGGGAGUGGGAUUUGGGGGCCUUCUGCCCACAGACUCUGCAGCCCCACGGGGUCAGAGGUGAAAGAAGAGGCAGAGGCUAGAACUUUCUGGAUAAUUUACUGACUGCUGCUGGGGUGGACAUCACAGUGAGGUGCCCCCCAGGGGCCCUGGGCAGGGUGGCUGCUCGUGCAAUAGGUGGGCUCGGGCCUUAUUGCUGCUGGGCCAGGAGUGGCCCAGCUUGAGGCCCUUGGCUCCUGAGCUCGAGGACACACACAUGCCCCAUGCACAUGCUCCUGUGUGCAGACAACGUGGGCACUGGGCACUCCGGACCCUCCCCUGUGGAGUUCCCUCUGGGAAGCCACUCCCAGCAUGGCGGACAGCUGGGCCCAGCCUCAAUCCCCUCCACCAAGACUGGCUGUAUCUCACAGACAGACACACAGACCCGGGGUGGACACACUGACACGAUGCACAGGAAACACACAGAUACAGAUACAGGCCGGUUUUAUAUAACAAACAUGAUCCCAGACCAGGUGCAGACAGGACCCCAGGCAGGUAGCCCUGACCAUCAGACCAGGUGACCAGCU